AAGAAACGCAAAGUAGCAGUGUUCGUUGCAUUUGUGGGAGCCGGAUACUCGGGCAUGCAACACAACCCAGGCUGCAAGACAAUAGAAGGGGAGCUUGGCAGUGCUAUGAAUAAGGCCGGUGCAAUCUCCGACGAAAACGCUGGAGACUUCUCCAAGGUGCAAUGGAACCGUGCUGCUCGCACAGACAAGGGGGUGAGCGCUGCUGGCAAUGUGGUCUCACUGAAGAUGAUGAUUGCCUUCCCGGACACUGUAGAGCGCAUCAAUUCCCAUCUGCCAGAACAGAUCCGGGUGCUGGGCUUCACGCGAGUGACCAACAGCUUUGACGCGCGUAAGCACUGCGACCGCCGCCGCUACGAGUACAUCCUGCCGGCCUUCAUCACGAUCGACGGUGCGGCGGCGGCUGCGGCGGCGGAGGCGGCCGGGAGCCGGCAGUGCAGGUUCAGCGCGGAGCAGCAGGCGCGGCUGAACGAGGUGCUGGGGGCAUUCGAGGGCACGCACAGUUUCCACAACUACACUGUCCGCGUGCCGGCCUCCGACCCGGCCGCCAAGCGCUACAUCCUCAGCUUCAAGUGCGCCGGCACCAUGAAUUUGGAGGGGCAGCAGUGGGUGCGAAUGGUGGUGGUGGGCCAGUCCUUCAUGCUGCACCAGAUCCGCAAGCUGGUGGGCACAGCCGUUGCGGUCAUGCGCGGCGUCGCGACGCCCGACGCAAUCACCCUUGCUCUGGACCCUGCCAGGGUUGUCGUGACGCCCAUGGCCCCAGAGCUGGGCCUGUUUCUGGACGAGUGCGUGUUCGAGUCGUACAACGACCGCUGGGGGAAUGACCGCGAGGCAUGCGUCCGUCUUGCAGCGUUCCAGGACCAAGUCGACGCCUUCAAGCGGGAGCGCAUCUAUCCGCAUAUUGCCUCGUACGAUGCCAAGAAUGGGACCAACGCUGCCUGGCUG